CCCUUUCUCCUCUCUCAACAACCACACAACCCCAAACACACACAAAUUCCUGUUCCUCGAAUCAUCGUCCGAACACCACACAACAAACCAUGUGCCCUUCUGGUCGCCUCCUCAGCCCCCACGCCGCUGCCGCCGAUUUCCGCCCCGCAUUCGAAGUCCUCGACGCCGAUCGCGACGGCAAAAUAAGCCGCGACGACCUCCACGCCUUCUACGCGGGCGUUCAUGGCGGAGUCGGCGGCGGAGAUGAGUUAAUUGGGGCAAUGAUGACGGUGGCCGACACGAACAAGGACGGGUUCGUGGAGUACGAGGAGUUCGAGCGCGUGGUGACGGGAAACGCGGAGACAAUACCCGUGGGUAGUGGAGCCAUGGAGGACGUGUUCAAGGUCAUGGACAAGGACGGCGACGGCAAGCUCAGCCACCACGACCUCAAGACGUAUAUGGCCUGGGCGGGUUUUCCGGCCACCGACGAAGACAUCAACGCGAUGAUACGCCUCGGCGGCGGCGACAAGAAUGGCGGCGUGACGUUCGAUGGUUUGCUUCGUAUAUUAGCCCUUGAUUCUGCCGCUGCUCACUGAUUGAUUUGUUUAACCGAGAACAUGUUCGGGAAAUUGUGUGAACGAAUGAAUAGAAAAUAAAAGUUUUGCUAAAGGCCAUUUGACAUU